AUGGUCAACUGUCGAGGUCAACCUCUCUCUGUGCAUGGACCAAAUAUAAACAAACGGUUUCCUGUCAAGCGGCCGACGAUGAAAAUGCUUGAAUCGGGGCCUGGUCCAGCAUCGGUCAUUGCUAUGGUGUUAGCGUCGGCAUCGCCAGCGGAUCUAUCACCGCUGACGGCAUCAACAACUUCUCCCUCUUCGUCUACGGCGUCAUUAGAUCAACCACGAUUACUGAACGUUCCACCGUACCUCCGUCCGUACGAGGGCAGGUUCAAGAAUCGACGAGGACAAUCGCUUUACUUUUUUGCACUCUUUCCACAUGAAGAGAUGCCUAUGAGAGGUAUCGUAUUAUGUCUGCACGGAAUUGGAGAUCAUUGUAGACGCCACAUUCCGCUUUAUGAACGUUUGUGCGAGGAGGGUUUUGGCGUGCUUUCGUAUGAUCUUCUGAAUCACGGUGCGAGCGACUUUGACGCUGAUAACACUCGAGCACACAUUGGUAACUUUCGCUACCUUGUGGACGAUACUAAUGCCUUCAUCACGUUUGCAAAGAAGUCUAUUUAUGAUGAUGCACUCAAAUAUUGGCGAGAACACCACCAUCCGUACCAUCCGCACGGCCGGUGCAAGGAUUUUGUAGUUGCUCCAGAGCUUCCACUCAUUAUUGCAGGGUCAUCGUUUGGCUCGCUGCUCGGGCUCCACACUGUGCUCACUGGUAGACACAAAUUUCACGCAGCAGUCUGGGCUUCACCGACAGUUGGGGUGGCCUGGACGCCGCUACUAUGGGCCGAAUCCAAAUUGGCUGUUCCACUUUCGACGCUGUUCCCAAAGGCCAAGGUCGUCCCUGCAGUACAAUAUGAAUUGCUCUGUCGAGAUCCUGGUUUUCUUGAGGAUUUUGAGGCCGAUCCACUUACUUCCUUGGACAUGAUGACUGUGCGUAGUGGUUACGAAUCUCUGCAAGCCAUCACGCGACUUCAGAAAGACGAGCGUGUCACUAAUCCAGACAGCUCAUUCUGUGCUGUGCCCAUGCUUUUUCUAGCGGGUUCAGUCGAUGCAAUAGCUGAUCAACAGGCUGCCAUUAAAUUUUUCGCAUCGAUGGGUAACCUGGACAAGGAAUUCAAAUUGUUUGACGGACUGUUUCAUCUCGUGUACGAAGACCCCGAAAAGGAAGAUGUGCUCUCUUACCUUGUGCAGUGGUUGCAUGGGAGAUUUCCAGUUGAAAUGCGGCACUAA